AUGGCCACCUCGGCAACGACCACCCCGCACACCACGCCCCCGACGACGUCGCCACCCAUCCUCGUGCACACUGCGUCUCCGACACCCGCGCCAGAACCCCAGCUCGCGGCGGCCCCCCCGCCCUUCCCGUCACAGUCGCAGCCGCGCCGCUCGCUCGGGCACAGGCGGCGCGAGCCAGCUACUACUGGCGGCGAGCAGCGGCUCGGGCUCGCGCCGACUCACGCACAGCUGCACCUUCCUGAGACUGGCGCGUCGCAACAACCUCCACAACAACCGGGGCUUCCUCCGCAGCAACAGCAGCAGCAGCAGCCGCAACAACAACAACAGCAGCAACAAGCCCACCACCUAGGCCACCGCCGCGGAGGCCAGGCCGCCAAGCCCCUCUUCGACUGGAUCAGCCGCAAGCUCGGCGCCCGGCGCGCCUCGGACGCCGAGCACACGCGCGACGCCGUGCCCGGCGCCAGCGGCAGCGGCAGCAGCGGGUACUGGGGCCGGCCUUCGCUUUCCCCUGCGGCCGAGCCGCGCCCGCCGCCGGCGUCGCGUGCCGAAGCGCGCACCGCGCGCCGCGAGCUCCGGCGCCAGCUCUCCCCCGCCGACAUCUUCGGGCAGACCUCGUUCGACUCCGGGACGGGCACGCGCGCCGAGUCGCUCUCCCUCCACUCGUACGCCGUGAGCGAGCGCCGGCGCGAGGCAAACAACCCGUACCCCUCCCUGCCCAUCCCGCUCGUGCGCAGAAGCUACCCCGCGAGCACGAUCGACAGCUCGUCCAUGGCCCCGUCGGCGAGCAUCCUCAGCCGCUCGCGCACGCCGAGCCUCGCGAGCCUGAGCAGCUUACGGCGCCACCGCGCAUCAGGCGACGGGGGAAGCUUCUCGUCGAGCUUCCGCCUGGCCGGCCGCGUGGCCGACGAAGACGCCAGCGUGCGCCCCUUGCCACCGAGCCUCGCGACGUCCCCCGCUCGGUCCAUCUCCAUCCUGUCGCGCUCGGGCUCGAUGCCGUUAAUGCGCUCCGAGUCGGCGCCGCACGCCGUCCCGCCGGCGCCGCACGAGCUCGACAGGAGAAAUACGUUUUCGUCGAGUAUCGGCGGCGGCCCCGACGCGCCGUCGUCUGUCAGCUCGGAAGUCUCGGGCGAUAUCCUGUCAAGAGUGUCGAGGGAGGACUCGCUCACGAGCACGAAACCGGCGACAACGGUCAUUAGCUUCGAGUCGGGCAACGCGCCCGUCGCGCAUAUUGCCGUGGCCCCGUCGUUGUCGUCGAAUUCAUCGCCUCCGGCUGUGGGCCGCAGCAUGUCGAGCCCGGCGGGCACGUCGAUAGCCAACAGCGCCAACGGAGGGCCGACGACACUCCCAUCGCCCAUCUCGCCGACGUUCCUCCCUGGAUCCGUUGUCAACGAAGAGGUGCAGCAGCACACGGUACCCAGACACACGCGGUACCACCCGCGCAACAACCCGCACCCUUCUGCCCCGCCCGGGCCUGACGCGUCGACCCUUACGCUGGCCAGCAGCACGUUUGGCUUUGUGUCUCCACAGGCGAUGGGCGCGCGGCCGGGAUCGCUGCGGCUGCGUGAUGGCGCCAGCCCGUCGGCGUACCAUGCGCCGGUCGUGUCCCCGUCGGUCGCGUUCGCCGACAGACCGGGCUCGACGCACGACCGCCCGCUGUCAAACUACGACGGGUUGAGCUCGCACGCCAUGUCGCUGAGUAUCAGGAACAGGAGCUACGGCCGCGCCGACGACGACGCGAGCAUGCGCGCCAUCCGCCGCAGGGGCAGCUGGGAGAGCGGCGAGAGCCGCUGGUCGUGGCGCCCUGGUGCGGAGCCGGCUGGCGUGUUUGCCAUCGGCGGCGCUCGCGGCCGCGGCGAGCUGGCAGAGGACGACGCGAACAGAAGCAGCGUGUACACGCACAACAGCUACAGAACGCCCCUGGCGGGUAUUGGCGGCGGGAUUGAGGAUGACGAGGGGGGGAUGACAGCGAUUACGAGCGAGUCGGCGCUGGGGAGUCACCGGGCAGUGAGCGUGGUGGUGUAG